CUACACGUCCACAACAUGAGCGCCACUAGAACGGACUCCCCCACCCCGUCGACGGUCCCCACCUCGGCUCAUACUUUGGAACCCAAGACAGCCUUUGCAUCCAGCCUCCAGGAGUACAUCUUCAACAGCGGGUUCUGCGGGCAGCAGUUCGCCGACAUUCAGGUGGUGUUCUUCAACACGUCGCUCAAGCUGCACCGCCUGAUCCUCGCGCGCAGCCCCUACCUCGCACACCUCAUAAUCACUCUCAUGCCCGGAAGCACGCUGCAGCUGGCGUUCACGGAUGAGAACAUUACCGAGGAGGCCGUGUACAUUACCCUGCAGCAUCUUUACAACCCCUCACUGGAACAUGUCACUGCGAAGAACGCCCGCGCGGUUCUCGCCGCCGCUCACCUCUUUGGCGAGCCCGACCUUGCCGACGUGGCGUACUCUUGCGUUUCCUCCGCCAUCUCGGCGUCCAACAUCAGCGAGUACAUCGAGUGGGUCGGGAUAUCCUCCGCUCCCAACGGCAACGGCUUCGCUUUCGGGAGCGCUGGAUAUGAGUCGGACUAUGGCGAUUACUCGGCCCGCCUGAGACGCGACGUGCUCGACUUCCUUCUUCGCACGCUACCGGAGCAGAUCAAGGCCGCCCCCCAGGGAACGCUCGCCACUGAUCCGCGCCUGCUCGCAGCCUAUGUGCCUCUGCCUUUCGAGCUGUUCAAGCAGUGCGUGGAGAGCCCAGACCUCCCAAUUUCCUUCAUGCAGGACCGCUUUGCGUUCGCCAAGCGCGCGAUAGCUGCGAGGAAAAAGGCCGCUGGGGUGUCGCAGUUCGAGGAGAGCGUCGUACUUGCUCUCAAGGAUGACGGCGAUGGCAUGGCCGUGCAUGUCACCCGCAAGCCCAAGCGUAGCCGUGCAGCGCUUUGGAAGGUCGAGGGAUAGGUCAUAUCUGCAUAUAUUUAUAACACUAGUGGAACGUCAUCUUCAGCAGGCGGUCGUAGUCUUCUACGACCGACUGAUAAGUCUUGGCGAGCGCCUCUUUCCUUUCGUCAGGCGUCAUCGUCGAGAGCAUCU